AUGUUGGGAAACAACAUUCAUAUGAGGUUUGUGCUGCUCAACAUUCAGUCAGUACCUAAAUCUUCAUCAGCAAAAGGUGUUCAUUCUGCUAUUAAUCGCCUCUUGGGAAGGAAGAAACCUGUUAAUCAUGUCUUUGGUGGUGAAAAGCUUACUAAGAAGGCUGACCCCAAGGUGCUGGCUAACAAAGCUUCCAAGGCUGUCAAAGCUGGAGCAUCAACCAUUAAGAAGAAGGCUAAGAAUAUCUGCACAUCAGUCAUAUUUCACAGGCCAAAGACAUUGCAGAAGGCAAGGAAUCCCAAGUACCAAUAUAUUAGUGCACUACCAAGGAACAAGCUGGACCAUUACCAGAUCCUGAAAUACCCACUCACCACCGAGUCCGCAAUGAAGAAGAUUGAAGACAACAAGAAGAAGAAAAUAAGGAUGCUUUCAAGAAGAUGUAAAACAUCCAGACAGAUAAAGUGAACACCGUUAUCAAGUUUUAGAUAACUUCAUAAAAGCUAAUUGCUUAAACGUGGUAAUGGUCUCGCUGGAACUGGAGUUGACGCUGAAUACACAAGUCAGAUGCAUGUGUAACUCUCAGUUACACUAG